UCUACAGUUCCAUCGAUGUUUAUGUGAUAAUCGAAAUCCCAGCGUUAGCCGCCAGAAAAUAAAACCAAGUCCAGUAUGACCAGCGAUUCGAGCAGCUCCAGCGAUGAGGAGCACAGGCGCAAGCGCAAGCAUAAAAAACAUGGCAAGGAAGCUGAUAAGAAGCACAAGAAAUCAAAGAAGCACAAGCACGAAAAGCGUCAUAAGGAAAAGAAGCGCAGCAACCGGGAAGUAUCGCCAGAGAAGGAGCAAUUACAUCAGGAACUGCCCACAAGGAGCACUGAAGAUGCAGCUGCGGAUGCAGAUGCAAAUGCUUAUAUGCCCGCACUGCCGCCACACUUAAUGAAACAGGAAAAGCCUCAGCUAGAGCCGCAGCCACAGCCAACUCCGAUUAUUGGACCCGUAAUGCCCAGCCAGCUGGCCGCAGUUGAGGACGAUUCUCCACACAAAACUGAAGCAGCUGAAGAUGAUGAUGAUGAUCUGGCGGGCACGUUUGGACCCCUACCGAAUGCUACACAAGUCGAGCUGGAGGAACGUGCACUGACCAUGAAGCUGGCUGCGCUGGAAGGCGGCGGCUUAGGCGGCUCUACAGCAGAUCAAGAAUUGCGCGAGGAGUGGAUGCUGGAGCUGCCCGAGGUGGGUCUGAAGAGCGGUCUGGCCGCUCUAAACAAUAUGAAGCGCACAUUCUAUCAGGGCAAAGAGCGACCGGAUUUCAGUGAUCGCAGCUCCUGGACGAAGACGCCGCAAAGUGCGGCUGCUGGUCCAAAACCCUGCAGUUCCAAAGAUUUGGAGCUAAAGGCGAAGGCAAACUAUGAACGUCAGCGCGAUGAGGAGCAAGAGUCCAUUGCUAAGAAACACAAGAAGAAGCACAAACGAGAUGAAUCCCUUGUUGAGCUGCAUCAGAAGAAACUGCGUAAGGAACAGCGCCAGCGGGAGAAGGAACUGGCCGCCAGCGGCUCCAAACCUGAACGACGACCCUUUAGUCGCGAUGUGGACCUGAAGCUAAACAAAAUUGACAAAAAUCAAACCAAGCAAAUUGUGGAUAAGGCUAAGAUACUCAACACAAAGUUUUCAAGCGGUCAAGCAAAGUAUCUUUGAGCAAUGUAUAAAUUAAUAUA